AUGAGCCUGAACAGAUUAAUUGGAAGCCUGAGCAGUUUGAGCCUAGGCAAGUCUGCACUGUCAGGAUCAGUGUUAACAUGUGCUAGAGAAUUUCAUGGAACUGUAGGAAAUAUGAAAAACCUGAAGUCCAGAUUACCCAAAAACCUGAAACUUCCACGGUUCAGGUUCGAAGCUAACGUUGAUAUCAACAAAUACACACUGACCCCGCUAAAAACUGCAAAGACUGGUGGGAGAGGACCUGAUGGCAGAAUUUGGCAGCACCGAGUUGGUGGUGGGGACAAAGUACUUUUCAGAAUGAUCGACACAAAGAGGAUUGGGCCAAAAACAGGAGAGCCUUUAAUCGAGAGAGUCUAUGAUGUCCUGAAAGAUGAUAUUCAUACAGGUCAUAUUGCAGUGGUCGCCGGCGGCAACAGAAAGAGAUACAUUCUGGCAUCUGAGAACAUGAAGCCUGGAGAUCUAAUCAUGACCUCUGGCAAGCUGACAGACAGGCCAGUGCUGGCAAAAGAAGGUGACGCCUACCCUAUUGGAUCGCUUCCCCUGGGAACAGUUGUCCACAACGUCGAGCGUCUUCCAGAGCAAGGUGGCUGUGUUGCCCGGGCAGGGGGUUGUUCGGGCAUGUAUAUGCGCAAAAUAGGAGACCAGUGCGUCGUCCGCAUGCCAUCCAAACGAGAGAUGAUUAUAUCCCAGGAGUGCAUGGUCACUGUUGGGCGAGUUUCAAAUCCAGACCAUACCAAGAUUAAAAUGACAAAAGCGGGGCAGAACAGGUGGAAGGGAAUAAGGCCGAAGAGUGGCUUGUGGCAGCGGAAAACCGGUUAUCAUGGUCGUAAGAUCCAUCCAAUUAAACCAGCAGUUGUUUAUAGGGGGGCCCUUAGUGAAAAACCUGAAGUGUUUCCAUUUACUGUGUGA